AUACCUCCUCCUCCUCCUCCGCCCUGUCCAGCCUGCGACUGCCACCCCGAGGGCUCGCUGAGCCACCAGUGUGACCCAGUCACAGGUCAGUGUCAGUGCAGGGACGGAGCCACUGGACGCAGGUGCAGUGACUGUCGGCCGGGUCAGUGGGGGUUCCCCAGCUGCAGCCCCUGUCAGUGCAACGGCCACGCGGACGUCUGUGACCCCGGCACCGGGGAGUGUACGGACUGUAGAGACUACACAGCGGGACACUUCUGUGAGCGUUGUGUGGACGGCUUCUUUGGAAACCCGGUGCUCGGUUCCGGUGAACACUGCCGGCCGUGUCCGUGCCCCGGCGUCCCCGGCUCGGGUCACUUUAACGGACACUCGUGUCGCGCCGACCAGAGCUCGGACCAGAUCGUGUGUCACUGCAGACAAGGCUACGCUGGGACUCGCUGUGACCGAUGCGCCCCUGGUUACCACGGCAACCCAGACCAACCCGGCGGUCAGUGCCUGCCGUGCGAGUGCAGCGGCAACAUCGACACCCAGGACCCGGACUCUUGCGACCCCAGGACCGGCCAGUGUCUCAAGUGUCUGUACCACACGGACGGCGCCACCUGUGGACGGUGUCAACAGGGUUACUAUGGCAACGCUAUUGCCCAAGACUGCAGACGUUGCACGUGUGUGACCGCCGGCACCGUCCAGUCGUCCUGCAGCGACGGACAGUGUGACUGUGAGCGGGCGAGCGGCGCCUGCGCGUGCAGGCAGAACGUGACCGGCCACAACUGUGACCAGUGCGUCCAGAACCACUGGAACUACGGCCAGGAGCGAGGCUGCGAGCCAUGCCGCUGUGACCCCCGGCACGCUCAGGGAGCUCACUGCAACAUGUUCACAGGUCAGUGCCACUGUCGUCCAGGCUUCGGAGGCCAACGGUGCACAGAGUGUGAGCAGUUCCACUGGGGAGACCCACAGGUGCAGUGUCGAGAGUGUAACUGUCACCCGCUGGGAUCAGAAGUGUCUCAGUGCGACAGAAGCACGGGCGUGUGCGAGUGCCGCGAGGGAGUGGCGGGCACGCGUUGCGACGAGUGCGCCCGGGGUUUUGCCGGCGUCUUUCCCAACUGCGUGCGGUGUCACGCCUGCUUCCAGCUGUGGGACGACGCGCUGUGUCAGAUCAAGAGGGACCUGGAGCACGUCCAGUACACGGCGCAGAAGAUCCUGGAGAGCGGCGUCACGCCGGGCGUGGAGGACUCGCGCAUCGGAGAGCUGGAGAAGAAGCUGAAGCAGGUGCAGGACAUGAUCGGGGGCGAGGACAGCGACAGGCUCCACAAGCUGAUUGGACAGAGCAUCGAUGACCUCAGGGCUGAGAUCGCCCUGACUGACGGGCGACUGAUGGGCGUCACGCGCGACAUAAACACAACGGCAGAAGAAGACGGGGCGCUGAGACGCACUCUGGACGUUCUGGAGAGAGAACUGAGGGACAUCAACACCACGUUUGCUCACAAACAGCAGCUGCUGAACGACUUCCUCACCUCAGGAGUCGCAGAUCAGUUUGACAAGGUGAAGAAGUAUUACCAGGAGUCAGCGGCGGCCGAGGAGAGGUGCAACGCGUCGGUGUCCGGUCCGCUCAGCGCGGUGGAACAGUCCAAAGAGACGCGCUCUCUCACCGAGGACCUGCUGGACGCCAGUAAAGACAAGUUCCUGCGCGUCCUGGCCGCUCAGAACAAGACGCUGAAAGAGCUGCAGGAGAAAGCAGACGACCUGGGCGACAAGGUGCAACACCUCAGCAACGAGGUCUGCGGCGGUCAUAGCAAUAUCACCGGAAACGCCACUUGCCCAGACAGCCAGUGUGGAGGCGCCGGUUGCCGUGACGAUCAGGGCGACCGCGUGUGCGGAGGAGACGGGUGCAGCGGGGCGGUGAGCGCCUCGGUGGACGCCCUGAAUCACACCAAGAAACUCACGGACAGUCUGAACGCGGCCAACGAGGAGCUGAAGGCCGUCGCUAAGAAGCUCCAGGAUGUCGCCGCUCUGACUCUGGAUGUGAAGAACAAGGCGAUGAACAGUCUACAGAAAGCCCAGAAAAAGAAGGAGCACUUUGAGAACAACAACAAGAAGCUGAAAGAUUUCAUCAAGAAGAUCAGAGAUUUUCUCACUGAGGAGGGCGCUGACCCGGAGAGCAUCGAGAAAGUGGCUCUGCACGUGCUGUCCAUCAAGCUGCCCGUCAACAGGACCACGAUUGACAACAUGGUCGCGCAGAUCAAGGGUCACCUCUCCAACCUCACCAACGUCGGCGAGAUCAUCAACCAAACGUCGCAGCACGUCGCCAAAGCCAAGGAGCUGCUCGAGAAAGCCAGAGACGCCAAGUAAGAAAGGACGAGAAAAUCUGUCAUUUAACCACGGCACACGGGAGGUGUUGGCCCACUGCUGC